AUGGAGACUCGAUCAGUGCUGUCAUCUGGGUUGGGCGGUAAGGACAUGGUGAUAAUUGCUUCACGAGAGGAACUAGCCCUACCGAGCAAGGUGGUCCUCCCUGAGCCAGAGCCUGCGCCAGGAUUGAUCAUGCCUGAUGGCUCAAUCAACUGGGGCUGCCCCUGCCUUGGAGGCAUGGCCACCGGCCCAUGUGGGACUCAGUUCCGAGAGGCAUUCUCAUGCUUCCAUUACAGGUACAAUUUUCAAGUUUAA